AUGGUGGCGGCGCGGCGGCGGCGGCGGCGCUGGGGGGUGCUGAUGCUGCUGGCAGCAUACGUGGGCUACCUGGGGCUGGGCGCCGCCGUGCUUCAGGCGCUGGAGCGGCCGGCCGAGGUGCAGGCGGCCCAGAACCUCCUCCGGGAGCACUGGGAGCUGCUGGCCAACAACACCUGCCUGCAGGGGCCCGCCCUUCAGCGGCUCAUCGAGGGUAUCAUCCAAGCCUACAAGAGUGGCAUAACACUCCAGGGAAACACCACUAGCCUGGGCAGGUGGGAUUACAGCGGGUCUUUCUUCUUCUCCAUAUCUGCAAUAACAACCAUUGGCUAUGGAAACCUGAGCCCCAGCACUGCAGUUGGUCGAAUCUUCUGCAUCGUGUUUGCACUUUUUGGGAUCCCCUUGAACCUUGUACUCCUGAACGAAAUUGGGCACCUGAUGCUGCUUGGGGUUCAGCAUUGUGCCCGUCGCCUAGAGGACGUGUUUCACUGGCAGAAUAAAGCUUCCUUCCUGAUGAAGACCUGUGCACUGGUAACUGGCUUGUUGUUGUUCCUCCUGCUACCUCCCUUGUUAUUCUCUGACAAAGAAGGCUGGUCUUACGAAGAAGGCUUCUACUAUUCCUUCAUUACCCUCAGCACUAUAGGGUUUGGAGACUAUGUGAUUGGGAUGAACCCAGAUCGCAUCUAUCCAAGCUGGUACAAGAAUGUAAUCUCUCUGUGGAUCCUCUUUGGGAUGGCCUGGCUAGCACUGGUUAUCAAAUUUUGCAUCAAUAUUCUAGAGAGCUCCAGUGACUUCUGUCAAUGCAACAAGAGGAACAUGGAGAUGGCAGAAGAUUUAAUGGAUGGUAACAAAAAUAGCAUGACUGGACUUCAAAAUGUGGAGAUCUGCAGCGACAAAGACACAAAAAUGAAAGGACCAGUUGAAUCUCACUCUUACAGAGCUCCUAUGGAAGCUCUCUAGGGAAGAAAAAUGUUCUCGGUGUCCUGUAGGUUUUAGUGCGCCAAAGAUGAACCAUUUGAAAUGUGUAAGUAGAGCUGUCCUGACCUGUGAAUGGGGUGAAAGUUUGCUUAUUGAGCUUGAAAUGCUUUUAUUUUGAAUUGAGCAAUGACAAAACAUUUCAUUUCCAGCACCAACAAGUACUACCAAUGGGACUCUUAGCCGAAAGUAGAUUUAAGGAAAUAUCACCUACCCUCCCACCUCAACUUAGGAGGUAAUCUUUGACAUCCCUGAGCAACACCAGCUAUUGUCCAUUUCUGUAUGUGAUUCUUGCAGCCUCUAGUUAUAUGUAUGGCACUUUGCAAAUGCC